AUGGAUACAAAUGCAAUUGUGGAAAAGUGUCUGGCAGACGGCAAGGAAGUUUUCAUACCGUAUUUCGAGAAAGGCGCCACCAUGAUGGACAUGCUACGCUUGCAGAGUGCCGAUGAGUACCAUGGACUGGCAACAACGAUGUGGGGCAUCAGGCAACACCCCGACAAGGAGCACGCUGAACGCUGGGAUCAGCACGGUGCACUGGAUUUGGUGAUUGUGCCCGGUGUUGCAUUUAGUACUGAUGGACGACGGCUUGGCCACGGCAAAGGUUACUAUGACCGAUUCCUGGCCUCACAUCGACAGAAGUACAAUUCAGCACCGGUAACCGUUGGAGUGGCAUUGAAGCACCAAAUGGUACCAGAUGUACCCACUACGGCUACCGACUACCUCAUUGAUCAUGUCCUGUAUUGCAGUUAA